CGGGAGGGGGGAGGAAGGCUCAUUAUCCCUGUGAGGGUGGAGCAAAGGGGGAGGUGAAGAAAGGGGAUAAAGCGUUUGAAACUCAUUUUGACAUGCUGCUCUGAGGACUCAGUCAUGGAUGGCGUGCUGGAUGGAGCAGUGCUACUAUGCGUAUGUAAACUGGCCUGCAGCCUUCUCUUCCUGCCCUCGCUGGCUGCAUCCUACAGUCCUGUCAGCUUCUGCUGCUGCUGCCUCUUGAUCUUCACCGACUUCCUGGUCACAGUGUUUCUGAGUUUAGUCAGCAUUUUUGAGUCCUGGCUGGCUGAACUGAGACCAUCAGGUGACGUCAUCGCCCUGCGCUUCCUGCUCUUUCUCAGCCAGACGUAUGGGGCCGUGUUGCUUCUGACCACAUUUCUGAUUGCUGUAGAGACUUUGAUCAGACUCCUCUGGCCUCAUGUUGAUGUCGGUCACCGGGCAGCGGGUCAGACGGCGAGCCCUGAUGAACAGCAUUGUUACGAGGCGGACGUGAACGCCCGAGACCAGGAGGAAGACGGCAGAAUCACAGAGAAAGAUGGUAGCUCAGCCUAUGUUGUCGGCUUUCUCUGCUGCCUGUCAGUGUGGGUCAUCGUCGCACUCAACGUCAGCUGGCAGUGGAAGCUGGAGGAAAGGUGGGCUGCCGCCUGUUUGCACACAACCGACUCCCUUGUCAGAUGUCUGCCCAGCCUGCUGAGCCCCGGCCCUGGCACCAUGAACCCCUGCUGGGGCAUGGCCUUCCUCUUCUUCCUCCUGCUUAUACUCACCAUCAGCACAAGCCUGCAAAGACAGCACCAGCGCCCCGCGCAGACAGAGAGGACACAGGGCGACUGCAGCUUGGAAGACCUUGUUCCAGCACUGUCAGCCCCCUUUAAGCCCGUGCAUCCUGGGAUGGAAGUGUCAGAGCCAGAGAAAGCAAAGAGCAGCCACGCUGGAAACAUAGCAUUAUCCUGGAAUGGGGUGCAGAUGUUGGCCUCUUACCGUAGAGAUUUAGUCCUCUUCUCAACUGAUUGUUUCCCUGACAAGAGGCGAGGAAAACAGCACGAGGGGACAAAGAGAGGUAUACUUCUGACAUUUGUCACAGAAGAGCACGUGCACUCGCCACACAGCUGCCAGUGUGGGUGGCAGCAGUGCGGUUUUCCGAGCCUGCAGGUGAAUGUAAUGAUAGUGGGCGUGCUUUCUAUUUUUGUGCUGCCUUUCAACCUCAGUGUGAAUGUUCUUCUGAUCAGGACUAUAGACGCUGUGCUGGAGUGGUGUCUGAGAUCUCUGCUUUCAUGCGCAGCGAACAGCAGAGACGCGUCGGCCUCUCUCACUGUGACUGAAGUUUAAAAAAAACAAGACACUGACGGUGUCAGUUUGCAACAGACCGUCAUUAAUAUUGCAUGUGUACAUGCUGCAGGUCUAACAAACUCUGGUUAGGGUGUUAGGAAUAACAUUUGGAAACUGUGGAAGAGUCCUGAGGAGGCAGGUCGGGGCGUGCUCGCUGGAGACAUACUAAACCGACUGCAACAGAUGGCUGGAAGGUCUUCGUAAACUAUUCAGAGCGGAUUUCUUCAUCCAUUUUACACAAGCGAUUACAAAACAAGCCUCUUUGGUUUGCAGGAGCAAACAAGCUGAUGCCGAAGCAAUUCAAGUGUUGAAAAUGUUAAUAUGGUGUCUGCUGAUUCUGUGUAACACCAAGCUGUAUAAAUACUGAUUGACUCGAGGCCACGACAGAACUUUGUUUUGUUUUGUUUUUGUAGUUUUAAUUCUCCUCUUCAAUCAGAUUGAUUCGAAUGAAAUGAGAUGUGAAAUGAAUGAAAUGUAAAUGUGAUCUUCAGAAGGCGAAAGAAAAUAGCCACAAAGAAUUGUCGGUGAACCAUCAUAAAACACAGCUGACAAGAGGAAAGA